AAUGGGUUGUGAGCCACCAUGUAGCUGCUGGGAAUCCCACCCUGGUCCUCUAUAAGAGCAGCAAGUUCUUAAGUGCUGAGCCAUCUCUCUAGCUCCUGGUAUUUUUUUUUAUUAUGUGCAUGUGUUUAUAUGUGGGCAUGUUCACAUGAGUGCAGGUGUCUUCAGAGGCACUUGGGAGACAGAGGCAGGUGGAUCUUUAUGAUGUACAUAAAGAGUUCUAGACUAGCUAAGGCUAUGAAGUAAGAUACAUACUGGGAUCCUGCCCUCUCUGUCCCAGGCCCAGAGUCAAGUAUCCACAUGGAAGCCUUGUUCCUCCAGGGUCUCCUUUCUACCUCUAGACAUAAGUCCUUAGCAUCCCCUGUCCCAGAAAUAUCCUUGCUAGCUGACAUUUCUUCCGUCUCAUGGCCUGCACUAGCCUGUCUUAACCGGUUCUCCAGGAGCUUCCAACCCCACCGUUCAGAUGUCAGUGGUGAACCUUUCUCUCUUAUUGGGAAGAAGGAUAGAACCUUACAGGGUCCACUCCCUAACCCUGUCUGAAGCUAGGAGGAGAGGUGGUUCCAGCCCCAGGAUGGGGUGGGGGCAGAUCGAUCGCAGGGUGCCAGGGGAGGGGGGGCAAGUCAGAACAUUUCAAAGUUUGUGUUACUUGGAGGAAGGUAGGAAGGAGGUGCUGCCAUCCAAGGCAUGUUCCUGCUUGUCCUUCCCAACCUGUCCUGGCUUUUGUUCCUGGGAGUGUGGCCAAGAGCUUUAGUAGCCUGCUAGGGGACAAGAGUACUCAGGUAGAGGCUGCUCCCUGGCAGGCAGAGACUCCCUUCAAAUUACUAAAUAAACAGUGUCAGGUGACCUCAGCAUGGCCCACAAGGAAGCAACAGAUCUUUGCCCACUCCUGACUUCAAUCUAGCCUCCCAGGAGUAGCACCCAUCUCUCAACCUGCAAGAAAAAAACUUCUGAGGAGGGUCACCAGAUUGAAGCUAGCCUAGAAAUAAUAGGGAAAACCCUCAGGCUCCUGCCCCAGUUCCCUCUGGAGGUAAUUGGGAGCCAAGGCCCUUCAGAAGGCUAAGAGAUGGAUUCCAGCAGGCUGGAGCAGGAACUGCAGUGGAUGGAGCUGAUUUGGGAGGCGGCUCCAGCAGACAAGACAGAGAAACCUCUUACCUCCCAAGCCUGGGGUACUCUGUUCCAGGCAGUGUGGCGGGGUGCUCCCAGCCUGGUGAUACAGCUGCUGAGGCAAGGUGCCAGUGUGGAGGAGAGGGAUCACGCAGGUCGGACUCCACUCCAUCUGGCUGUGAUGCGAGGCCACGUGCCCCUUGUACGCCUACUGUUGCAGCGUGGGUCCCUGGCAGGCGCAGAUGAUCACACAGGGCGCACACCGUUGCACGAGGCUGCUUGGCACGGACACUCAAAGGUGGCGGAACUAUUGCUGCAGCGUGGGGCCUCAGUGGUGGCAUGCUCUCAAACGGGUCUCACGCCCCUCCACUGGGCAGCUGCGCUGGGCCGCACGCUACUGGUUACAAGCCUUCUGGCCGCACCAGGUUCAGACCCUGCCGUGAAGGACUUAAGAGGUUGGACCGCCGCACACUGGGCAGCGGCAUGCGGGCGACUGCCUAUACUAGAACUGUUGACUGUUGGAGGUAGUGUAGACCUGGAUAGCGCCCUGCUGGUGUCAGCGGUAGCUGGAAGUGCAUCAACCCUGCGGCUUCUCCUGGCACUGGGGGCAAAGGUGGAUGCCCUGGACAGCACGGGAGUCACCGCGCUUGGCCUGGCAGCUGGCCUAGGCCGCCACCAAGAUGUGGCGGUUCUGCUGGAUCAUGGGGCAGACCCACGUAUCACGGACAGGAACAACUGCUCCGCACUCCACAGGGCUGCCGCUGGCGGACACCUACCUGUUAUACAGCUGCUGGUGGCCAAGGGCAUCGAGGUGGAUUCUCAGGACUCGCUGGGUCUCACGCCCCUGCACUACGCUGCCCGGAGAGGCCACGUAGAAGUUGUCAGCCAUCUCCUGGACAGGGGUGCCCAGGUCAACGCUGCCGGCUGGCUCCGCAAGACCCCUCUGCACCUUGCUGUGGAGUGUGACCACAGAACAACCAUAGAGCUUUUGCUAAGCCGAGGAGCCAACUCUACCUUGAGGACACAGUGGGGUGAAAUGGAAAUGGCCCAGACCCUUUAGGGUGCCUGCCCCAGGCACUGCCUGAUUUCCUUUACUAAACAAACUUCUUAAAAACUACAGAAAGGCCUGGCGGUGGUGGCACAUGCCUUUAAUCCCAGCAGACAGAGGCAGGCGGAUCUCUGGGAGUUUGAGAGGCCAGCCUGGUCUACAAGAGCUAGUUCCGGGACAGGCACCAAAGCUACAGAGAAACCCUGUCUCGAAAAACCAAAAAAAAAAAAAAAA